UCGCCAAAAGAGAGCAGAGACUGGGCGGGGAAGGUGUAAGAGGCGAGAGGCAGGGAGAGGAAGAACAGAGGAGAGGGCCCUAUAGGAAAUAUCCCUCCAGCUUAGCGCUUAAAGAAGAAUAGAAUAGAUCAGAAUGGAAUGGAAUGGAACGGAAUGGAAUGGAAUGGAAUAGGUCAGGACUCUAAAGCUUGAGUUUAUGAUUUGAUCCUAUGAUUAUUUUACGGAUUGAAGUACAAAGUCCACUCUCAGACUCACCAGACUUUACAGCACUCACAUCUCUGGUUCGAGCUCUUUAAGGAUCAGUGGCACAACAGCCGAGCUUCGGAUGAACAAGAGAGAGGGAGAGAGAGAGUUGAAACGAGAUACAUGCCUGCACAGUAGAUGGCAGUGUGAUCCACCCAGAUCUGAUGUGCUACUUCCUGUGAGCGGGGGGGAAGCAGAAGAAGAGCAGCAGGCAACCGCGGACAAUCCUGGGAUUUCUGUGCACAGACAUUUGAUCCCUCAUAUUAUAAACCUAUGAGGGUGUUUGUUGUGAGAGCUGGGGAUCAUGGCCAAUAAGAAGAAGGUAAUAGUGACAGGUUUUGAGCCUUUUGGAGAGCAUGCAGUCAACUCCAGCUGGGUGGCAGUGCAGGCGCUGGAGCGAUUGGGUCUGGGUGAGGCCGUAGAGCUGCAUGUGUGUGAGGUGCCUGUCGAAUACCAGGCUGUUCAGAGUCUGCUGCCGUCACUGUGGAGAGAGCGCCAACCACAGUUAGUCGUCCACGUUGGUGUUUCUGGAUUGGCGACCACGGUCACUCUAGAGCAGUGCGGCCACAACCGGGGCUACAAACGCCUGGACAACUGCAGCUUCUGCCCGUCCUCACAGUGCUGCAUGGAGGACGGCCCCGACUGCAUAAGCUCAGUGUUGGACAUGGAGACAGUCUGCAAACGGGUCAACAACUCAGACAUCAGGGUGGCUGUGUCAGUUUCCAAAGAUGCUGGAAGGUAUCUGUGUGACUACACCUACUACACAUCUCUGUACCUAGGGCAGGGCCAUGCUGCCUUUGUCCACGUGCCUCCGCUAGGGAAACCCUACAGCAGCCAGGACCUAGGUCGAGCCCUUCAGGCCGUCGUACAGGAGAUGCUGAACCUGCUGGAGCUGGACCAUACAGAGGAGGAGACACACAAACACAAUCAUCACUGCAAUCACAAGCAUCAACACCAGCAUGAGCACCAAUGACCUCAUCACAACCUGAGCCGACUCAGAUUCACAUGAGCAAGAUGAACCAGUGGCUUGUAGUAACAGUUUCCUCAAUAUAAAUGUAAAGGCACAUUUUGAUUUGGUUGUGAUGCUUAGAAAAUGUACAAGCUGUGACUUUUACACAACAAACUGACUGACGACACCAUCUGUUAUUGUUGUUUUUGUGUGCGACUGUGAGUUUGAAUGUGUCUUCUACAGUUUAAUGAACACAAGUAGCUGGUAUCAGUGAGUUUUUGUCAGCCCCAGAUGUUCUAAAAGACUGUGAAAAUAGACGUCACUACUUAAUGUUCAUGUAAAAGAGGAUUUUGUUUUCUACUAUAACAACAUGUAGUCACCUGUAGCAGCCAACUAAUACGAUAGUGUCUAGAACACUAAGUUAUAUGGUGACACAUUGCGGGAAUUCUUGCACUAACAUCUCUUCACUUUUCAAAAUCCUCCCUGUAUGGUUUUGGAGUUAUGUUGUCAUUCACUGUUGUUGUUUGUGUUCGCACCAGAGAAAUGAGAUGACUAAGAAAUGAAGGGAACGUGAUGUAAAGAUUCACACUUGUUUAUCUCAGGGAAUAUAUUGCACUUGCAAUUUGUACUUGCAGUUGGAUUAACUGGAUGUGUAGGUCCUGGUUGUGUAAUGCAGCUUUACAAAGCAAAGCCACAUUAAAUAUGUGUAUAAUUAAAACACUUUGCUCACA